UUUGUUGCCGGUUGUUGUUGAUGUUUAUUGGGGAAGAAGAAGUACCACAGAUAAUACUUUUGCUCAACAGGAUGGACAUGACGACGUGUUUAAAGUCUCUGUUGCUGGCUAUCCAGCAGUACAGAGGCGGCAGGACUGCUCAAAAUGCAGCGCAGCUACACAAACAAGUGGAGGAGGUGUCAGGCCUCAAGUGUGACCAGCUGCUGUCUUCGGGUCAGGCUCUGCCCCGGGAGUGUGUGAGCGGGCUGGUGGAGCUGGCUGGAAACCCAAACACCAGCCCCAACAUGACGAGCUCCAUCAUCUCUCUGCUGGCACAACUAGCCUGUGAUGAUGACAGUCGGGAGAUUCUUCACAGUAGCUACAGCCUCACCAGCACCCUGGCAUCUGUCAUCCAUUGCCACAGCGCCACACCUGGGGAGCCCCUGGUACUGCAGUGUUUGCAGGUGCUGCAGAAACUGACUUACAACACUCGCAUCUUCCAGUCGACAAACUACAUUCACGAGCUCAUCGCUUUUUUAAUGACCAACAUCCAUUCUCACAAUGAGGACGUCAUCAUGACAUGCCUCGGCCUUAUGGCUAACCUCUGUCGCGAUAACCACUCGGUGCAGAGCCACAUCAAGUCUCUGGACAACGUGAAGCCAUUCUACCGCACUCUGAUCAACUUCCUGGCUCACAACAGUCUGACGGUGGUCGUCUUCACGCUGUCCAUCCUGGCCAGCCUCACUCUGAAUGAGAAGGUUGGAGAGAAGGUGUCUAUUACCAUCUGA